CUCUUCCUUCUCAAACGCUUACAACACUCGUUCACUCAUUUUAUUAUUUCUUGCUUGGAAUUUCAUUCUUGCCACGCCUCCUAUCUUGGCCUCUUACCCCUCUAGCCAUCCUCUCGCCUUUCUUCGCCACUUACUCUGCCCUCCUUCCUCACAAACACCACCAUGGCCACGCCCGCCCCCAACGCCGCAGCAACACCGCCGCUCGUGUCCACGCCUGGCCCGGCAAGCCCGCGCGACUCGCUCAACCUCGCGGCCAUGACGAGCUCCGACUCGUCGGGGCCACGCAAGCGCCCCACGCGCAAGGUCACGCUCGACCUCGACGCAAACGGCGGCGCGGGCUUCGAGCGGCCGACACGUACCUCGACCUCGAGGCAGAGCUCGCGCCGCCGCACCGAUCCCGACGCCGGGCCGCUGCAGCGCGUCACGACCGCGCUCUUCACGCCUGAUAAGCCCGUCGGCAAGUCGCCCGGCUACGUGCAGAGCGUCAAGGCUUGUCUGUUCAGCUCUUGGGUCAAUGUCCUACUCGUGUUCAUCCCCAUCGGCUGGGCCCUCCACUUUGUAAAGCACUCAAACUCCAAGAUCUCGGACACGGCCGUCUUCAUCACAAACUUCAUCGCCAUCAUUCCUCUGGCCGGCCUGCUGGGCUUCACCACUGAGGAGGUGGCGAUGCGUCUCGGCCAGACCCUCGGCGGCUUGCUCAACGCUACGCUCGGCAAUGCCGUCGAACUGAUUGUCGCCAUCCUCGCGCUCAUCAAGUGUGAGCUUACCGUCGUGCAGUCGUCGCUCGUUGGGUCCAUCCUCUCCAACCUCCUUCUCGUCCUCGGCAUGUGCUUCUUCGCCGGUGGUAUCCGCUUCGCUGAGCAGUCGAUGAAGUCGACCGCGGCCCAGCUCAACUCGUCGCUCUUGCUCAUUGCUGUGCUCGCCGUUCUUGUCCCCUCGGCUUUCCACUUCUCGGUCAAGGUCACACCCUCGGGUGAUGGCGUCGCCCUCACAUCCAAGGAGGAGGCCGAAGACAUCCUCUCCAUGAGCCACGGUGUCGCCAUCCUCCUUCUCCUCCUCUACAUCGGCUACCUCAUCUUCCAGAUGUGGACCCACGCCAACCUGUACGACGAUGCCGAGGAGGUCGUUCCUUCGACCCAGUACCACGAAAGCGUGUCCAACGCCCCGGGCCGCGUCGCCAACAAGGUCAGGGGCAUCAUCCACCGCAAGAAGACGGACGAGGAAACUCUCGACUCGGAGGGCAAGUCGUCGGCCAUUGCAGUCAACAACACCUCGAAUGCCGACCCCGAGGCUGCCCUUCCCGUCACUGCCGAGCCAGAGCAGGAAGAUGACGAGGAGGAGGAGGAGGAGGAGGAGCCCCAGAUGAACAUGAUCACCACCAUCAUCGCCAUGGUCAUCAUCACGGUCAUCAUCGGUGUCACUGCUGAGUUCCUCGUCUCGUCGAUCAACGGUCUUACCGAGGCCCACCCUAGCCUGUCGCAGGAGUGGGUCGGUCUCAUCCUGCUGCCCAUUGUCGGUAACGCUGCCGAGCACUUUACCGCCGUCUCGGUCGCGGUCAAGGACAAGCUCGACCUGUCGAUCUCCGUUGCCGUCGGUUCCAGUAUCCAGAUUGCCCUGUUUGUCAUCCCUGUCAUCCAGCUGCUCGCCUGGACGCUUGGCAAGCCCCUCACCCUGCUCUUUGACCCCUUCGAGUCUCUCGUCCUCUUCUUCAGUGUCAUCAUCGUCAACCAGACACUAGCCGAUGGUCGCUCCAACUGGAUGGAAGGCGUGGUCCUCAUGUUCUUCUACGUUCUCCUCGCGGUCGCCUUCUGGUUCUACCCGGGCACGGACAUCGCGUUGUUUACUUGCACGUAAGAGAACGUCACGGCGCCAGGUUGAUGUUGUCCCCGCGCCACUCGCCUCCCACAUCCGUACUUUAAUGUCCAUAGACGUAGUCUCAUACACACACGAGUCCCGGCGAUUGCAAUGUACUACACGAUAAUGAGCAG